CUAUCAUAUUAAAGAAACACUUCUAAUAGUUUUUCAGCCACACACUCAACUGCUUUUUUAAGUACUUUUCUAAAAGCUCCUGCCAGAAAUUGCUUCUGCUAAAGCUACAGCAGGACCAAACUAGCUCAUUACUUAAGACAACGCCUCAAUCUAAUCAAUGAUCGACCAGUUUUGGUUACUCUUGAGUGCCUUGGAUUGGAUAUGAAAAUUUGGUCAUGGAUGCUAUGGAUCAAAAAAUAAAAUGAGUCUACUAAAUUAUUAUUUUUAUAAGAGUGAUAUAAGUUUAUUUUUUAUUAUUUAAGUACUAAUUAGGACUAAUACCACUGGAAACACCAACCUUUAGCGAAAGUGUCAUUUAUAUCACGUAACUUUCGAUAUGACAAUUGUAUACCACCCGUUAAGUUUUCUGUUAGUAUUUAACAGAAAAUAUAGUUAGCAAUAACAUGGCAGCUGAUGUGGAAAAUAUUAAUAAAUUAAUUGUAAAAUAUAUAAAAAAUGGAAAAGAAAAAAGAAAAAAGGGGGAAAAGUCCCAUCUCCCUCUUGUAAUUAAAUGGACGGAGACAAGAUAAGAUUCUGGCCAUUCUUCCACCCACCGCCGCUGCAUAGAUCAAGCAGAUUGUGGCAUGCUCCGCCGAGCGUGAUAGCAAUAGUGGAGGCGGAGAAACGAGUUCGUCUUCAUCUUCGAGUUUGCAGGCAUCCGAAUCUUCAAUGAAAUCGUUCUUUUUGCGGAGUUAGAUUUACGCUAAGCUCAAGCAGCAGGUGGUGGUUGCCACACAUGCAGAGGAAUCAAACUCAGAGUCGAUUGGAGGGCGGAUUCAUCCAUGGAGUAGAGGAAUCGAAUUUGGAGUCGGUGGGUUUCAACAUUUGCGAAGGCGCCGAGUUCGACCAUUGCCCGAUUGAGCCAUCCCGCCAGCCUUGUCGUUGCCAUCGAUCCAUCAUCGCCGAAAGAGAAGCUCAACACGGCGGAGAAGGCUGGAUUUGGGAGAUUGAAGAAUAAGAAAUUGAAAGGCAGGGUCGCCGCCUAGAGCUCCAUGGUGUCCAAUUGGGGAAGAGAGCCAGAUAUGUGAGGCGGAGGUCAGAGGGGAGAUACCCGGCGUCAAGCGAUGUUAGCGUGGUUGAGGUCGAUGCUGGCGACAACGCGAGUUUUGGGAUUGGCUUCGGAUUCGAUGACGAGCAGCAGUUAUGGCGAUGGAUGGGGUCGCGGAGGAGGGCAAGGAGAAAAAUAUUUAAAAAAAUUAAUUAAAUUUGUUAUUUUCAGAAAUUAAAUUUAAAUUUUUAA